AUGCAGGACCCUCACAUCAAGGAGGGUAAGCUACCCUUCCGGUACGGUGGCGAGACGUUCGAGACGUACUACAAGAUUGCCGGCGAGCUCAAGCCGACGUCCGUUCCACUCGUCUUCGUUCAUGGCGCGCCUGGGACGUGCCACGACUACGGCGUGCCGUUGUACGAUCUUGCUGCUGGAGAGAACGCUCGUCCCGUCAUCUUCUACGAGCAAAUCGGCACUUCGCGCUCGACUCAUCUCCUGGACAAACCAGCGACCUUCUGGACAUUCGAGCUCUUCAACGCUGAGCUGCCGAAAGUCGCGCGCGCCGCGCGCCGCGCGGUCUCGGCGUCGAAGGUGGCUAUCAUCUUCUAG